AUGGCGCUCUACGCUGCGCUGCGGGAGAGCCAUGCACCGACGACGGUGACGGCGGGAGGAGGAGGAAGGUUCCGCAGUGAAGAUGAAGAUAAUCUUGCUGUUGUCAAGGGCACCCAGCUCGAGCUGUAUGUCCUCAAGGAAGAGGAGAAGAAGCACUCAAAAACAUGCAAUGGUAAGCAGAAUGGUCAGAAAGCUGCAGGGGAUUCGGGUCAUGGUCAUGGCGGAGCGACGCUGCAAUGUGUUGGUAGAUACGAUCUGAAUGGAAAUGUCGAAUCCAUGGCGUUCGUCAGGCUGCCUGGACGGAAUCGAGAUCAUCUCUUCUUGGUUUUUAGAGAUGCGAAGUUGUCGAUUCUGGAGUAUGACAACUCAAUCGACGACAUUGUUAACGUCUCUCUGCAUCUCUUUGAAGACGACGAGAUCAGGAAGGGGAGAGUAAGUUUCGGGCGAGCUCCUCUUCUACGGGUGGAUCCUUUGCAGAGAUGUGCGGCAUUGCUUGUGUACGAAUCAAAAAUGGUUGUCAUCCCGUUCAAGCACAAGGGUUCAGAUCUCGAGGAAGACGAUGAAAUUCUCACGCAACCUAACAAGAAAUUCAAGAGUGAAUCUGCUUCGUCCAACACCGUGACCAGGUUAGGCGCUCCCUCUGACAAUAAGCUCGGCAUCCUGCCCACCUACGUGGUAGACCUUGAUGAGGCAGGGAUAAAGCACGUGGUGGACUUCACAUUCCUUGAUGGAUAUUACGAGCCCACCAUCAGCUUCUUGCAUGAGAACUCUCGAACGUGGGCGGGAAGGCUUGCUGUGUCCAACUUCACGGGGAUGAUAACGACAGUAUCUCUAAACAUCUCCCAGAGACGACAACCGAUUAUUUGGAGCGCCUCGAAGCUUCCGCACAACUCUCGUCACAUCGUAGCACUGCCUGCACCUGCGGGAGGAGUGGUUGUAGUUUCAUCUAAUGCUCUUAUCUACCGCAAUCACGAACAGAAAUGCGCCUUGAAACUGAACGAAUACGCGAUAGCCGCCGGCGAUGGAGGGAACCGGUUCGAUACUGCCGGAGAUAUCAUCUGCUUCGAUACGGUGCAUCCGGUGAGGCUCGAGGGGUAUCAGAUGCUCUUCAGUCUUGUUACCGGCGAGAGCUACAUCAUGGGCGUGCAGCUUGAUACCGAUGGCAACACCAUUAAAGCGCUCACACUGGACCUCGUUGACGUCAAACUCAGUCCGUCUGGGGGUUUCGCGUCCAUUAUGUGCAGGGUGGGAGAUUCAUACCUGUUCCUGGGCUCUCGUCUUGGAGACUCGUCGUUGGUGAAGAUGAUCAAACGCUCCAAGGAAGUAGACGAUGAAGGCGACGUGUCGGAACAUGGUCAAUCGAAUGGUGUGGAGAAUGGUUCGAGUUCCCAGGGUGCCGACCCUGUGAAGCAAGAAGUCAACGAUAGUCUGCCGUCAGCCCCUGUCAAGUCAGAAGCCGAGCCGUCAUCUAAGGAAGAAGAUUCGUCGGAAGACGAGCUUUACGGGAAUGACGCGCCCAAGCCAGCUGGAGGUCCAGAAAUGAAGGAGGAAAACAGUGAUUCAGAUGAUGACCUGUAUGGUGGUGCUCCCACGACUGACGCUGCACCAACGCGUGAAGCCACGACAGUGAAAGCCGAACAGGCUCCUGCGAUGAACGCCGAGGUUGAAAUGGACGACGAAGACGCUGCCAUGUAUCUGGGAUUGAAUCCGAGGAACGCUGCAAACGGAUUGUCGAAAGAGGGCAUGCCAGACGGGUUCUACAGGUUUGAGCUCUGCGAUACAUUGACGAACAUCGGGCCGAUAGGUUCGCGACUUGACGCGGGUGCUGUCAAGAAGGACAGUGUGGAGCUGGUGACUGCCAGCGGCGGCCUGCAGUAUGGCAAGCUCGGGGUGCUGCAGCGAUCGCUCAAUCCUGUAGUGAUGACAGCAGUCCCCCUACCUGAUGCGCAAGCUGUGUGGACAGUGUUUGGGCCAACUGCCAAGGCAGCGGACGAGGACAUGGAGGAGGAUGGCAAUGAGGAAGAAGAGCAGAGUGCAGGAAUGCAUGCGUAUAUGGUGAUCAGCCAGGGAAAUGAUAAAGGAACAAUCGUGCUCAAGGGGAGAGAGCUGGAGGAGUUCGAUGAGGACGAGCAAGUUGAUUUCGAAGUAGAUGCCAAGACAGUGUGUGUAGGCAACAUCUUCGGCAAUCAGAGGAUCGUCCAGGUUACUCCUUGGAACGUCUAUGUCCUCAACGGACCACGAAAGGAGCAAGAGUUGCCAGUGGUUGCAGGGAAUGGAUUGCAGAUCGUGGCAGCCUACAUACGCGACCCCUACAUAGCUCUGAUCCUGCAGGAUGGACGUUUGAAUCUCCUGGUUGGAGAUGCUUCGAGCAUGCAAGUCAACUAUGUCAGCCAUGAGAUUCACAACAUUACUGCUGCUUGCUUCUUCCUCGAUCCCAUCCCCGACGGCGAGGCAAACGACGAUCCUCAGCAGCGGGACGUGAUGCUUGCUGCUGCUCCUCGCAAUGGUCAUUUCCAGCUCUACACGCUCCCGUCACUCGAGCUCGUGUACGAUGCAGCAGAUUUCGUCCUUGCACCUCCGCUACUUGUCGAAGAGAGAAGCGGAGCGGUCGCUCUCGAUCCAGCCGACCUGCCAGAAGUCCCUUUCAUCCUCGACAUGUGUAUCGAGCCGAUCCCAUUCCCCCACAAGAAGGAAUGCGAUGCUGACAUCCUCUGCCUCGUUGCCAUCACAUCCUCAGCAGACAUUCUGCUCUACAAGAGCUUCGAGUUUUGUGAGACGCAACAGAUGACAGCACUAGAAGCUGAGAAACAGGAGGAGGACGCGAAGAAGGCAGUGAGGAAGUGGAGCAAAUUGAGGUUCAAGAAGGUGAAUCACGAGAUCAUGCUGCGAGGAGAGGAGGUCUUCGACGACUUCUUCGUCGACGAGUUGGAGCUAGAAGACCCAACGAGAGAGGCAACGCUGAAGGUACCGGCUGCUUCCUUCUUCUCCUUCUUCUUCUCCCUCCCCAUCUCCCUCUCCAUCUCCCUCUCCAUCUCCAUCUCCCUCUCCAUCUCUCUCUCCAUCUCCAUCUCCAUCUCCCUCUCCUUCUCCUUCUCCCUCUCCUUCUCCUCCUCAAUCACUACCACCUCCAGCUGCUCCACCACAAACAACAUUCCUUUCUUCGUCUGCCUAAUUUAUGACAUGCAGACGCUGCGAACGUCACGUCUGAUGCCUCUAGGAGGAGCGGGAGGGCUGGAGGGGGUCUUGAUUGCUGCUCGACAGCCCGCUGUCGUGCUCUUCGGACGGGGUCUUCCUCGCAUCCACCCGUGGAAGCUCGACAGAGGGGAGGGCGUGAGGAGCGCGGCUCGGUUCAACAACUUGCAGUGCAAGGAUGGGAUAGUCUGCAUUGCUGACAAGGGCAGAGACCGAGCCAAGGGAGUCUUGAAGAUUUGCAACAUCCCCGAAGGCAUCUCCGGCGAUACUCCAUGGCCGCUGAGAACGAAGCACGUCGGGAUGACAGUCCACCAUGUCGCCUUCCAUGCAGCCACAGGCUGCCACGUGCUGGUCGUCUCCUCCCAGCAGGAGAUCGAAGAUGAGCGCAAGCCAGAAGGGACCCUAGAAGGAGCGAUCCCUCCGCUCACAGAGGAGAAGUAUGAGGUGCAGCUGCGAGCACCGUACAGCAUGGAGCUGCUUGACUCGUACGAGUUUGACUUUGCCAACGGAGAGAAGGCGCUUUGCCUGCAGGUCGUUCAUCUCAAGAACACGCGCGUGAAAGAUUCUCUCCUCCCCUUCGUCGCUGUCGGGACUGGUUUUCAGAACGGGGAAUCGGAGACGUCGAGGGCGACUGGUCGCAUCUACGUGUUCGAAGUGACCACAGUUGUGGGAGAGGAAGGAUACGAAGGCAGAACGUCCUUCAAGAUCAAGAAGAUUUUCACCUCUGCAGACAUCCAGGACAUCAAGGCGCCGGUCUCUGCCCUGUGCCAGCUGGAGGGCUACCUGCUGGUGGCGCAGGGGCCGAACCCGGGGAUGAUCGGGGGGUCGAAGCUGUACGUGUACGAGUGGGUGGACGAGAAGCUGGUGGGACGAGCCUUCUUCGACGCGCAUCUCUACAUCACGACCCUCAAGACCGUCAAGUUCUUCAUCGUCUUCGGAGACAUCCGUCACUCCGUCCAUCUGCUGCGAUGGAGGGAGGACAUCCGGAUGUUACAGCUGCUUGCCAAGGACGCGCUGCCUCUCUCCGUGUACGCCGCUGAGUUUGUAGUCAUGGGCUCCAACUUCGGGCUGCUGGCGUCGGACGAGCAGAAGAACGUGCAGGUCUUCGUCUUCAACCCCAACAGCCCCGAGUACCGCAGGCAGCAGCUGAUCUGCCGAGCUGACCUCCACGUGGGCUCUCACAUCAACAAGUUCAUCCGCUGGCCCCUUCCUUUCCGUCCCACCCUGGGCGUCAGGACAGCAGCUCAUUACACGACUCUAGAUGGAGGGAUAGGCGCUAUCAUCCCCAUCCCCGAGCAGUCUUAUCGUCGCCUCCUUGCGCUCCAGAACCUUCUUGUGACCGCCAUGCCGCACUACGCGGGGCUGAACCCAAGGUCAUGGAGGCUGUACAAACCUGCCAUGUGCAUGAAGCGCCGAUAUGCCAAGAACUUCCUGGACGGGAACCUUCUAGGUCGAUACCUCCACCUCGAUCUCGCCUUGCAGAUGCAGCUGUCGUCUGCCUUGAACCAGACGAGAGAAGCCAUCUUGGGCGACUUGCCGUCGACGAGCGCACAUCGGUCGAUGCAGGAAGUGCCGCUAAGGGACAGGCAGCACCUGCAUGACGGGCUGAGGUUCAUGCCUGCUGACAUGGCCAAGACCAACGGAUGGCACAUCCCCAACACCUCCUUCCAGCGACUGCUGGACAAGGCAGACAAUGAGGAGGACAAGUUGUACAGAGCACAUGAGCAUGUCUUUCGUACGGGCAUGAACCUGUCGAAGGCGAAGAGAGAUGUGCUGAGAGAGUACAACAAACUGGACGAGGGCAGCAGACCUUCCCUGAGUGAAUUCAUAGACAAGUCCAAAUCAUUCACCGUUGAGUUCUACCGCGACAGGUCGGACAACCUGAGCUCAGCGAUAGACAACCUGACGAGAGUCUUGGCUGACUGCGAGGAAGCCAAGAGAGAGAUCGAGGAAGACGUGCAGCACUUGAAAGGUCCGGCAGGAUACGCUGACAGCGUCAUGCACUGCAGGCGCAUGAGAAGGGAGGAGAUGGAGUAUCUUGAUGUUCGUGUGAAGGCAGAUAUGGGAGACAAUGAGGAUGCGCAUGUGAAGAUUGUCAUUCCUAUCACCACAAGUGAGAUCCUCCUCUUCUCCCAACAGCCGGGAGGGAUGGAUGACUUGCGCUUGCUAAGGCUGGUGGACAGAGGAGCUGACGUGUUUGUGGGCAUCUCUUGUCUUGUGAACGAGUUUGAAGUUGCUGAGAGCAUGACUCUCACUGUCAAGCCUUGUCUCCCGCAAGGCAUCUUGUCCCUCGACAAGAGGGCAGGGCGAUGUUUGAAGACUGUGUUCCUUGCUGACAACUCCCUUGGGCCAUUCGGCUUCGAGAAGCUCGUACUCGGAAUGAAGGUUUCUGAAGACCUUGAGUCGUUCCACUGCCUGAAGAACAACAUCGGAGAAAUGAAGUACAUUGAGGAGAACGAUGAGGAAAGAAGAAAUCAGUCCUUCAGGUCGUUUUCUCUCCUUGGACAAGUCUUGCAAGAGAAUCGCUGUCAGCUAAAGACGCUGAAUCUCAGCGACAACAACAUCGGACCUGCGAGCAUUCGAUGCAUGCUAGAGGGCAUGAUGGCAAACACUACCGUAGAGCUGUUGGAUGUCUCUUCCAAUGAUCUCGGAGUUGCCGGGGCGAACCACCUUGCAAAGUUUCUUGUGUCGAACAGGAAACUACAAAGAUUGAUCAUCAAUGACACGAGAAUAACUCAACAUGGCCUGAAAGGAAUUCUGCAAUCCUUGAGGUUCAACAACAGCUUGAAGGUUCUGUUUGCGCUGAACAACGUGGGCUACUCGACACGUGGGAAUCUUGUAGAGUCUCUGGUGAGAACCAACUUGCAAGAGGCUUACAUCUUUGCGAAUCAACCAUGGAUCAAUCAAGCCUGUGAAGCACGAGACAGAGGCGUUGAGACGGCUGGCGACGCUUCGCUACAAGUGAGCAUGUGUCUGGUUGCCGAGGAGAACUUUCGAGCCUCGUUCUCGACAGAGAGAAGACCGGAGGUGCGGGAGCAGGAGCAAAGGCGGGAGCACACGAGCAGCGCGGAUCGAAGGCGGCUGGAGGGCAUUCAGAGCAUCCGGUCCAACGAGAGGAUAGAGAGCGUCCUCGCGCAGCCCAAGGAGCAUGCGCAGGCGUGGGGCCCGGAGAUGAAGUUGGGGGUUCACAAGCCGACGAGCGCGGAGGUGGUAGGGUUCAAGGCGGGUAAGGACAAGGGGCAUAUCCGAUGCGACGCGUGCGGGGCCCUGGGCCAUGAGCCGUUCGAGUGCCCGACGAGCUUCUUCGAGCUGACGGGCGAGCUGAUGCCCGGGUUCACCGCCCGAGGAAAGAAGAUGGAGUACCUGUGGGAUGCGGCGCAGAGAGAGCCCGAGGAAGACGUGGAGAGGAUGUGGCGGGAGCUGCAGAGGAAAGGGUUCUUCAGCAAGACGUGCGAUGAGGAGGAGAGUGUGGUGUCAUUGAGGAAGACCAAGGACAUGAGCAGGAAGGGCGUGCCUCGCAAGUCUUGGAGUGAGCGAACCAUGUACUCGUCAGCUGACUCGCUCGUUCGGCGAGGAGCCUUUGAGCAGAGCACCUCGCAAGCUGAGUUCCUCCUGUCACAGGGAUCUGACAUCCUCUCGGAGUUCUUGUACACAAGGACACUCUCGAGAGAGUUCUCUUAGCUCGUUUUAGAAGACUUGUCGUCAGAUGUCAACUCCGCUCAUUUUCUCGCGUCUGUGUCUUUAAUGCAAUGUGAUUUAGAAGAUGUUCAUAAAAGUCAUUUGAGAUGUG